UGCGUCUAAAGGCGAGUAAUGUUUUACACCGCACUUCGUGCGUGCGUGCGUGCGUGCGAGAGAGAGAGAGAGAGAGCGACGAGCGGGUGACGAACUGGAGAGCUUCGAACAAGUGGGAAGAGCACUCGUGUAGCCAAACGAAGAUCAACAAGAAACCAAAGGAAAAAAAAAUACAUAACCGAAAGAAAGAUAUAUCUAGGAGUACUAGUAAAAGUACUAAUUAAUCCUGAGCUUUUCUUUGACUUUUAAUCUGUCGAUUGGAGCACUGACAACGUUAUUACAUUCACAAAGUCCGAAUCAUAUGGCCACCCACUUGAUGCAAAUUAUCCUAAAAAACCUUUUAUCUUAUUGAAUUUAGGCCCUACUAUUUGGUUGCCUCAAUCCUUUGAAGAAAAAAAGAGUCUUUCUGCUAGUACUUGUUUAAUAAUUGUUCACAUUUACACCUUUGGAUUUUUCUGUUCGGUUUCCAAUCAGAACUUUUACUUUAUGAGUUCGUCAAAGGCCCUUAAAAUUGUAAAUCUGUCUCUGUCUCUCUCUUCCCCUCUCUCUCUCUUCUUUUUUUUUUUUUUCCUAGUUUUGAUGUUUGACCUGAGGUUAGAUAUGUGGUAAUGUAUUUGUCUGACACCCACUUUUUUAACAUUUGGGAAUAAUGUAAUUUGAUUUUAGUGAUUAUGGGCAUUUAAAUUUUGAUUUGUGUUUCUUUCGUGGAGUGUAAUUUGUGAGAUAAAAAAAAUUCUUAUUUUUAUAGAUUCUUUGUCGAAAUAAAAAUAUUGGGUGUGAAUUUUAAGUGCCUAGGGUUACCUUUUCGUACUUGCUUCUCUAUUCCGUGCUUGUUUAUGAUUUUACAAGCUGCGUACUCACUUGGGUCGUCGAUAUUUCUUGAUUUCCUCAUCUGGGUAGUUGAAAGUCCUUUGAUUUCCCAUAUGGGUCGGUCAGUUUUUCUGUUUUGUCAUCUGAGGCGGUGAGUUUUCCCGUUUUUUUCCAUCUAGGUCUCUGCUAUUUUCUCGAUUUCAGCAGCGUUCGACAUUGAAAUUGAGGGCUUUCUGUCGUUUUGAUUCGAUCAGUGAGGGGAAGUUGAUUGAGUUUGCUCGUAUAUCUGUGAUAAAGGUAUAGGCUUUGGUUUGUUUGUUUCCUGGAUUCAGUGAUUAGGGUCUUCUAGUGUUUGGGUUGUGAAUUCUUGCAGGAUUUGGAUUGUUUUCUGGUUAGAUUUUUUGUUUUGCUUGUGGCUCUGGAUUUGUUCUGGGUGAUCUUCUCUAGGGUGGAAAUUGGUACUGCAAUUGAGGGUUUUAAUCCAGUGGAUGUCAUGAUUUUCGGAUUCAACUCUUCUGUAAGGAGCUUGUGAGGCUUUGUUGCAGGAGAUAAUUGGGGUAUCUACUCCCCGGGAAAGAAAACUUGCAUUGCAAAUGAUGUUUCAUCCUCAAGGAGCUUCAAAACAAUCUUGUAGUCUUCUUGCUGUCACCUGUGGGGAAAAUUCCGGAGAUAAACUUAAGAAGGAUGAUGCAGAGGAUAAGCCGAGAUACCCCUUUCCGGAGUUGGUAUCUUCUGGACGUUUGGAGGUUCAGACUCUGACGAAUCCAAGCAAAGAAGAGUUUUGUAAGACUCUGGAGUCAUAUAAGCCGAGUAUUGUGUACUUGCAAGGAGAGCAGCUUGAGAAUGAUGAAGUUGGGCCUCUGGUGUGGGAAGGUGUUGACAUUUCCACCCCUGAAGCUAUAUCGGAGAUCUUUGCUACCGCAUUGCCUACCGCUGUUUAUUUGGAGAUCUCAAAUGGAGACAAAUUAGCGAAAGUUCUUUACUCAAAGGGGAUUCCUUUUGUGAUAUAUUGGAAGAAUGCAAUUUCUUUUUAUGCUGCUUGCCAUUUUCGUCAUGCAUUAUUUUCAGUGGUACAGAGUUCAUCAACUCAUACAUGGGAUGCUUUCCAACUUGCACAAGCUUCCUUUAGGAUUUACUGCAUACGAAACAACCAUGUCCUUCCUGCUAACAGCCAUAAAGUUAUUGGUGAGCUGGGGCCAUGCCUUCUUGGGGACCGUUUGAAAAUCAAUGUUGACCCCCCUGAGAUGGAUGUUGAGGGAGAUGAUGAAGGUUCUUUAGGUGCUCUGCCUGCUAUAAGGAUACAUGAUGAUGAUGUGAGCUUAAGGAUUCUUGUUUGUGGAGUGCAUUGCACAUUGGAUGCAUGUCUACUAGAAUCAUUAGAAGAUGGCAUCAAUGCCCUCUUGAACAUUGAAAUACGUGGGAGCAAACUUCAUGGCAAGUUUAGUGCCCCUCCUCCACCUCUUCAGGCAGGGACAUUUUCUCGUGGUGUUGUGACAAUGCGAUGUGAUGUGACAACCUGCAGUUGUGCCCACGUCUCACUUCUGGUGUCUGGCAGUGCGCAAACUUGCUUUGAUGAUCAGCUCCUGGAGAAUCAUAUAAAGAAUGAAAUUAUUGAGAAGAGUCAAUUAGUUCAUGCACUGCCUGACGGUGAGGAGAACAAAAUUACUUUCUCUGAGCCUCGUAAAUCUGCUUCAGUUGCCUGUGGAGCAACAGUAUUUGAAGUUUGCAUGAAGGUCCCUACAUGGGCUUCACAGGUUUUGAGGCAGCUAGCACCAGAUGUUUCAUUUCGUAGUUUAGUUGUACUUGGUGUUGCCAGCAUUCAGGGAUUGCCUGUUGCCUCUUUUGAGAGAGAUGAUGCUGAGCGUCUACUUUUUUUCUGUUCAAGGCAUGGGAAAGAUGCUUUUACAGACAAUUUAAUUUUUAGCAGUCCCCCUAGUUGGUUGCGACCACCUGCUCCUAGUCGAAAGAGGGCUGAAUCAAGCCAAGGGACUGGCCCUGCUUCUCAUGAUGGUGCAUCUAAUAAAAUUGAUGAAGAGGUCAAGGACACUGGAUUGCGGAACGGGGUUAGCAUGCCCUUGCUCCCAGCUAGGAAAAGAUUGAAGGUUGCUGCAAUGAGGCCUAUUCCCCACGUUCGACGCCAUAAAAUGACACCAUUUUCUGGAAUGUCUGAAGCAGAUGGGCAUGAUGGAGGCCAAGCUAAGGCUAAUUUGCCAGUUGUUACCCCCGCAAAGCACAAUACUGUAGGAUCAACUCCUCCAACGCAACGAAGAUCAUAUUCAAGCUCAUCUCAGGCUAAGCAGAUUAUUUCCUUGAAUCCACUACCAUUGAAGAAACAUGGGUGUGGUAGAAGUCCAAUGCAGAAUUGCUCUGAGGAGGAGUUUCUGAAGGACGUGAUGCAGUUUCUAAUUCUUCGCGGCCACACUCGACUUAUCCCUCAAGGUGGAAUUGCUGAGUUCCCAGAUGCCAUACUUAACGGGAAGCGUCUUGACCUCUACAACUUGUACAAAGAGGUGGUUACAAGAGGAGGCUUUCAUGUUGGCAAUGGUAUCAACUGGAAAGGGCAGAUCUUUUCGAAGAUGCAUAAUUACACAAUGACGAAUAGAAUGACUGGUGUUGGUAAUACGCUUAAAAGACAUUAUGAAACAUACCUUCUAGAAUAUGAAUUGGCUCAUGAUGAUGUUGAUGGGGAGUGUUGCUUGUUAUGUCACAGUAGCGCAGCAGGGGAUUGGGUGAAUUGUGGCAUAUGUGGCGAGUGGGCGCACUUUGGCUGUGACAGAAGGCAGGGUCUCGGAGCGUUUAAGGAUUAUGCAAAAACAGAUGGACUGGAAUACAUAUGUCCGCAUUGUAGCAUAACGAAUUUCAAGAAGAAACCGCAGAAAGUUGGAAAUGGAUUUCCCCCAGGGUUGACGGUAACACGACCACUGUGAUUCAGUUUUUCAUUCCUUUUCUUUUCUUUUCUUUUCUUUUUUUCUCUUUGGCUCACCAGUUUUGGGGUUUCAUUUCCUUAUAUCACGUAUGAGAGAGACAAAAUUUGUUCGGCUGUUGGGUUGCAUAUACUUAGUUAUGUUCUCAUCCAUUUUCAUUGGAAGUAAAUUUAGGGGAUUAUGGGGGGGAAAACACUAGUAGUAGAGAAGCAUACAGGUCAAGAAAUGGAGCAUAACAUUACAAGUAGGAGUUAUUAUAUAUCUUUGUUUUAGUGGGUGGUGAGGUAUUUAGGGUAAAUAUGCCCCUGAUUUGUGAAGGGUGGUUGUAAAAUAUUUUCAUUUUCCAUUGAACAUUUGACUGAUCCAUGUAGCUCAAUGACAAUGAUGGAUAUAUCCGUUAAAACAAUUCUCUUCAUUCAGAUA